GCAAAGACUGAUCGUGACAGGCUGUAGUUCCUGUUUUUUUUGUGAAAGGUGUUACUGGGAUGUCAUAUACUAUUAAGCAAACAUUCAAUCCAAUUAAUCUAAAAUAAUUUACCAUCGAGCUAAAUCAACACAAUAUCUCUCUGAUGCAGUUUCUGAGACGAUGAACAUGUUGCAGGACUGUUAAAUAGUAUUGCUUUGUAUUAUACUUGUAAUGUAAUGCGAUCAGACUCUAAAUACAAUGCCAACCAUGCUACAUAACAGAAAACUAUGUUUAUAAGCUACGGAUCAGUUGUCGCCUAGACUCCUAAUUAUUUUGGCAUCUCCGUGUGUGUUUUUGUGUUUGACCAUGCAUUAGCUUCUCCCUAAACUGAAAGCAAAGCAUGAUGGGAAAGUUUGCGGAGCAAUAUCUGGAUGAUUGUUCUAGGCAGGAUAAUGUCAGAUAGACCCCCAGGCUUUUUGCAUAAACACACACACACACACACUGUAUAGACAUGAUUACACAAAAGACCAUCAUUCUCUCCCUAAAUCUGUUCUUCCCCACCCGUCCCCCAUUCUAUCCCCCUCUUUCUCCAUCGUUCCCUCCGGAUCACAGCUGACUUUACGGCGUUCAUGUUUGCUGACACAUCAGUAGCAGUGGCAGAAAGACAAGUGUGCAUCUAAGAGAAAUGACAUGGCAGGAAGAGCGUGAGAGAGGGUGAUCAGCAGUAGCAGAGAGCAGUGCGACAGAGGAGAGACAGACGGAUAAAAAGGUAGAAGUGCUGGGGUAUAAAAGAUGGAACGAAACAGAAAGACACAGAGAAAGAGAAGAUUAUUGAGCCUCAAGUGAAGGCCAGAGACACACAUCUUGCCUCAGGGACUAACAGCCUUUAUUACAUUAACCAGUCUGUGCCUCUCUGUUCUGCUCUCUCCGCUUUCAGCUCAGAUCCAAACCUUUUCCUUUACGGAAAAUGGAUUAGAUGGUUUUUACGUCAUGUACAGAAUUUAGUCCAACACCCAUUCACCCUACAGCACAUUUGAUGACGAGAUUUCCCUGGAAUUCACAGGAACUUGAAAUUCAUUGAAUCAUCCCUUCAUGACAUGAAAAGAGAUGUACAAAUGAGGUUGCACCUCCUGCAAACUGUCCAUCCAUCCAUCCCGUACGUGUCCCUAUCCCUAUGACUCUGAAGAAUGAAAACACCAGGCUGAAAAGCAGAGCUUCACUGCCCUCUCUGGAUGACAGCCUGUUUCACUUGGGUGUGGUCAGCAUGCUCAUUUGUAGCCUCUGUAACCACACCCAACAGUGAUGUCAAUGGGGUAUGUGACAUGUCUUAAAUAACUAUCUUCCUUCCGGGUUUUCAUUCCAACUAAAGACUUCACCCACUGACAGCAAUCUUUUAAAGGUGCUCAAUACGAAAUUCAGAGCAUAUUUAUUGUAUGCCUCCACUUGGCUCUCAACGUGGUGACGACUGAGCCCGCGGAUCACAGAUGAACAGCCUACAGGGUAUGAGAAUCUGCAAUAAGAACUUCCGCCUUCAGGACAUCACCAUCAUGUACUUCACAGCCCUGGCUGCUUUAAUGGUCAUCUUGUUGGCUUCGUAUCAGGGGCCCACCAAUGCUGUCGAAGUGUCCAGCCUAAAAUCAACCUCCCCCGGCCCUCUCCCACCUCUCCCCAUGCCCUUCCGUGUGCCCCUCGACCCAGGCGGGAAUCUCCAGCUGGCCUGGAACAUCAGCUACCCCGACCAGGAGGUUUACAUGGAGCUGCGGGUGGCAGACAUCAAACAUGGCGUGGUCCUAGGGAUGUCCGACCGCGGGGAGCUGACCAACGCUGACCUGGUGGUGCUCUGGGACUCUGGAGCUAAUAGCUACUUUGGGGAUGCGUGGAGCGACAAUGAGGGUCACGUUUCUUUGGACAGCCAACAAGACUACGAGUUGAUGGAAGCCACAUACAAAACUGACGGAUUCUACAUGCUUUUCAAGAGACCGUUCAGUACCUGUGAUCCCAGGGACUACCUCAUAGAGGAGGGAACCGUGCACAUCAUCUAUGGACUUCUGGAGAAACCACUCGCCUCACUGGAUCAGCUGAACCUGUCCCGGAUCCACACGGGACUUCAGAGAGUGCUGAUGCUGCGCCCCGACACGCCGUCGCCCACCCUGCCUCCAGACGUGCAGACGUUGGACGUCGUGGCGCCAAAUGUCGUCAUCCCAAAUCAAGAGACCACCUACUGGUGCUUCAUACAGAUGCUGCCUGAAAACAUGCCAAAGAACCACAUUAUCAUGUAUGAGUCAGUGAUAACUCCAGGUAACGAGGCCAUCGUGCAUCACAUCGAAGUGUUUGAAUGUUCUCCGGAUAUCCGCGACAUUCCAGAGUACAGCGGCUCCUGUGAUGACAAGAUGAAGCCGGGCAAGCUCGCCUUCUGCCGCCAUGUGCUUGCUGCAUGGGCUAUGGGUGCUGAGGCUUUUUACUAUCCUCCUGAUGCAGGGAUGCCUGUGGGUGGACCAGGCUCCUCAAGGUUCCUUCGUCUGGAGGUCCAUUACAACAACCCUCUCCUUAAAUCUGGCCGUAGGGACUCAUCGGGGAUACGGUUGCAUUACACCCCGAGUCUGAGGCGGUACGAUGCAGGGAUCAUGGAGCUGGGGCUUGUUUAUACUCCCAUCAUGGCUAUUCCACCCAAACAACACACCUUCUACCUCAGUGGAUAUUGCACCUCCAGGUGUACCCAGACUGCUUUUCCUCCAGGAGGAAUCCAUGUAUUUGCGUCCCAGCUGCACACCCACCUGACGGGGCGUGGGGUGAGGACAGUUUUGGUGAGGGGAGGCAAAGAGCUGGAGGUGGUACAGGAGGACCAGCACUUCAGUACUCACUACCAGACGAUCCGAGUUCUAAAGAAAAUGGCUAAUAUUUUACCUGGUGAUGUUCUCAUAACAAAGUGUACUUAUAACACAGAAGAUAGGAGCAAGCCUACAGUGGGAGGUUUUAGCAUCAUGGACGAAAUGUGUGUUAACUACAUUCACUACUACCCUCGAAUUAAGCUGGAGCUCUGCAAGAGCCACGUUGAAGCAGAAUACCUGCAGAAAUACUUUACCUUCAUUAACAGGUUCAACGGAAAGGACCAGUGUGUGUGCAGUGAGGUUGGUGUGACGGAGCAGUAUUCUCAGCUACAGUGGGACGCGUUCACUGGAGAAGUGCUGGACUCCCUUUAUAAUACAGCCCCCAUCUCCAUGCACUGUAACGAGUCGAGUGCACGCCUCUUUCCUGGAGAGUGGGACAAACAGCCCGUACCGGUGGUUACCUCCAUCCUUGAAAAGCCUCGCUACCCUUGUGAGGGAGGAGCACAUCCCACCAGCCGACGCCUUACACCUGUUGUCUGAGCGGAGGGGGUCCAACGAAAGGGCCCCUGACCUAAGGAAGUUAAAGAAGCUACAUGUGAGUUUGCAGAAUUUACCGCUGUUUUAUGUGUUUGGGGAUAGAAGACGGGUUUUCUGACACCUGCUGUAAUUAUAUCCACUGUCUUAUGUUAUCAGUACACACAAAUGAAUGAUAAUCCUAUUUAUGUGUCUCGUUUCAAAGCACGGUACAAGGACUUGAGAAUUGGGAUUAGCAUGUAACGAACCAAUAAAAGUGUGACUAAUGAAUUGUUGCUUGGGACAACAGCGUUAACUUCUGCUGCGUUAUUGAAAAGAAAAUUAUUAUUUUGCUUCCCUUUCACAUGAAAUAAAAUGACUUCCAUUUUCAUUCAUCACUUUUACAGUUUAAAACUAAUUUUCACUCUCUUUUACUCAACAUGCCCCUGUGUGUCAUUAUUAUUGCAUGUUAAAUAAUAAAUGUCACAAAAAAUGUUGGCAGUUCAAAAAGGAAUUUAUUAAAAUUGCAUUGGACAGAUUAAA